UAGCGACCAAGCUGAGCGGUGAGGAGACCAGACCGGAAGCUCCAAGGCCGACACGUUCCCGGUACCGCCAGCGGCGCGUUUCAGUUUCGAUUCUUGCGGUGGCCGCUUGUGCCGGGGAAGGAGCGGAGCCCGUUUGCUACGGGACGGCUGCAGCAGGGAAACGAAAGCGGAGCAGCAGCGCUUCCAGCAGACGGACGAGUCUCCCGCUCGGAGCCAGUCGUCUGCAGAGGGGGCUCCGCCGCUCUUGGCCCGGACUUGCCCACCAACCACCCCGGGGCGCUGUUUCCUAGGCCGUACCAAAAUGGCAGACAACCAAGCUGUUCCAAGAUUUUACAUGGCGAGACUUAAUGAAUAUUGUCAGAGACAACGUUUACGAUUGGACUAUAGGGAUCUUGGUUUUGAAGGCCCACCUCAUAAUCGUGUAUUCACUGUAGCAGUUGAAAUAGAUGGAAAGCAGUUUAGCCAAGCAACAGGUAAAACCAAGAAGGAGGCAAAAGAUCAAGCAGCAUUCUUAGCUUGGGAGUCCAUACAGCAAGAACUGCCAUUGCCUGAGCCUGCUGCACUACCAGCUUCUUUACCUAACUUUCUUACCUUGCUCAAUGAAUAUUCAUCGAGGAACAAAGUGGUGGUUCGAUAUGAUGUGGUUUCUAAAUCUGGCCUGGAUCACAUGCCAAUUUUUCACUGUGUCUGUAAAAUUGAUGAUAAAGAUUUUGGUGAGGGAACAGGAAAUAAUAAACAAACUGCAAAACGGAUUGCAGCCAGGCAAGCGUAUGAAAAGUUGAAUGACCAAGCAACUUCCAGGGCAGAAAGAAGUGCUUCCCUUACAAAUAGUUCUAGAAAUCCACCACACAGUAAUUCCCAAGAAUCAUCACCAGAGGCAUCUGGGACGUCUGCUCAAGAGGCUGUGGACUUUGCUUCCAACAAAUCGGAUAGUGUAGUUUUCCAGAGCUCCGGUAUCUAUUCAAAUGGUACAGGUCGGGAUUCCAGCUGUAACCAUGCAGCUGACAAACUUGCUAAUCAGUUUGGUGCCAUACAGCUCAAUGAAGCUUCUCCAUCCUCUCUGGCAAGUCCCAAAGAUUCUGCUGUGAGACCUAAAAAAAGAGAGACGCCAUUGGCACCGAAAUUUUCAAAGCCGAAUCGAAAGCAAAGCAAGUACACCAUCAAUGAAAAGUUUCUGGACGAUUUUGAAGAUAUACAGAAAAUUAAAUCUGGUGGAUAUGGAACCGUUUUCAAGGCAAAACAUUUCAUUGAUGGUCGAUUAUUAGCUGUUAAACGAGUCAAGCUUCUUGUAGGAGAAGAGGAAUCAAAAAAGGAAGUACAAGCCUUAGCAAACCUUGAUCAUGAAUAUAUAGUUCGAUAUUUUCAUUGUUGGAUCGGGAAAGAUAAUAUCCCAUCGCCAGAGGAUAGUGAACAGAGGGUGCAAGGUGACUGCCUUUUCAUAGUGAUGGAAUAUUGUGAAGCAGGAACACUUAAAGAUUGGAUUAGUAAGGAAAGUGCAAAGGAAAGCUAUCAUGAAGAUGUCAAAAUUAAAUUCCAGCAAAUAGUGGAAGGGGUAGCAUAUAUCCAUUCUAAAGACUUAAUUCAUCGAGAUCUCAAGCCAAUAAAUAUAUUAAUAUCUAGAGACAAUAAAAUAAAAAUUGGUGAUUUUGGGCUAGUAACCACAGGUGUAGAUGACCUUUCAGUACAGCGGACAGAAAAGAGAGGAACAGCACAAUACAUGGCUCCUGAACAGGAGGGGAACACUUAUGGAAAGGAAGUGGAUAUCUUUCCGUUAGGAUUAAUUUUAUUUGAAAUGCUUUACACAUUCCAAACUUAUCAUGAGAAAUACCAGAUAUUCAAGGACAUAAAAGAAGGCAAAUUACCAGAACCAUUUACAAAGGAGUUUCCAAUAGAGGCAUCCCUAAUUAAGAAACUGCUUUCAAAAGUGCCGUCUCAGAGACCAUCGGCAUCUAACAUUUUGCAUUUUUUAAGGAAAAAGCAGUAUCGCUUUUUCCUUGACUUGUUAACUAAUAUCCGUCCAAACAUAACUGCAUAAUUUUGGUCUAAAGGUAGUGGUUCCUUUUGCUGUUGCUAAUGUUGAAAAUCUCAUCUGAAUCAAAACUGGCACAUGGAUCCACCAACUCCUUGGGAAACUUAAAUCUGGAAUUGCCUCUUCCUAUAUGUUCUGCUGUGGCCUUUGAGGGGAUCUGCAAGGUGCUCUUGUGGAGGCAAAAUUUCUCUGAAGCCAGAACUAGACACCUGUGCCUUGAACGUGUGGCUGCCUUUAAAAACUGUCCUGCUCUCUCAUGGGAGGCUCAGCCUCAGUGGCUAGAAGCCCAUUUUACAAGCUGUGACAGAUAUGGUCAUGGUAUACUGAGGCAAAGGAUUUUUAUAGGCUGUCUUUUCCAUGCUUGUAAUUUAAAAUAAUAAACGAUCUCUCCUUUGUUUGCAGGCAUCCCUAAUUAAGAAACUGCUUUCAAAAGUGCCAUCUCAGAGACCAUCGGCAUCUGACAUUUUGCGUUUUUUAAGGAAAAAGCAGUAUAGCCCACACACUUGUUAACUACUAAUACCUGUCCAAACAUAACUGCAGAAUUUUGGUCUAAAGGUAGUGGUUCCUUUUGCUGUUGCUAAUGUUGAAAAUCUCAUCUGAAUCAAAACUGUGGCAGGUGGAUCCACCAACUGCUUGGGAAACUUAAAUCUGCAUUGCCUCUUCCUAUAUGUUCUGCUGUGGCCUUUGAGGGGAGCUGCAAGGUGCUCUUGUGGAGGCAAAAUUUCUCUGAAGCCAGAACUAGACACCUGUGCCUUGUACGUGUGGCUGUCUUUAAAAACUGUCCUGCUCUCUCAUGGGAGGCUCAGCCUCAGUGGCUAGAAGCCCAUUUUACAAGCUGUGACAGAUAAGGUCAUUCCUGGACUGAGAGAACUUGACCACAGUGGUUCAGGCAUUGGUGACUUCAAGGUUAGAUUACUGCAGUGCACUCUGUGAGGCUUCCCCUGAACUUGGUUCACAAUAUGCUGUUAGUGUACAAGAAGAGAUGCUCUGCAUAGAACAGCUUUGCUCAAAGAACUGCACUGGCUGUCCAUUUGCUACCAGGCCAGGUCCAAGGUGUUACUAUUAGGGGCAGGAUCACCUUACAAGAUCUGCAUUAACUGGCACUGUUACAGGUGCCACAUAAUAAGAAAUCAGUCUUUACUGCAGUGGCACCUUCACAUUGAAACUCCCUGCCUGUGAUGCAGGUGCUUUCACGACAUUCUUUUUGGCAUCUGCUUAAAACACAUUUCUUUAGGUAAGCCUGUCCAGAUACGUAGAAGCCACGUGUGCUUUCUCUCUUUUUAGGUAUAGGUUAUUUUAAUCAACUUUUCAAUGUUUUUAAAUACUUGUGCUUUUUAUUGAGAAUUUUAAAGUGUUUUAUUUCUUUUUUUGUAAACUGCUUAGAGGUUUUCUUAUAAUCAAGUGGUAUAUAAAUUUUGUUCUUUUAAAAAUAUACGGUCUUCAGCUGAGCUGCAAACUGAUUUAUCUGGCGUCUGCAAGGAGAGUUCUGCAAGAUAUCUGCAAGAUUAAGUGUUUGUUUCCAAAAUUCCACCUAUUUUAUUGACAUGCAUUUAAUUAUUACUUGUAAUAAAUAAUAAAGGAAAAUAAUAGGAGUGACAUAAUAUGAGGCUUUUGAAGUAAUCUAGGUUCCUGCUUGGCAGGGGGGUUGGACUGGAUGGCCCUUGUGGUCUCUUCCAACUCUAUGAUUCUAUGAGGUUUUGGAGCUCUCUCUGCUUAGAAGCCUGUGUUAAAAUCCUAGCUGCGGUUUGGUAAGACAUAGGAAGCUGCUCAUACACAUUUGACCCAUUGGUUCAUCAAUAUUGUCUACUCUAAAAGGUAAAGGUAAAGGGACCCCUGACCAUUAGGUCCAGUCGUGACCGACUCUGGGGUUGCGCGCUCAUCUCGCAUUAUUGGCCGAGGGAGCCGGCGUACAGCUUCCAGGUCAUGUGGCCAGCAUGACAAAGCCGCUUCUGGCAAACCAGAGCAGCACAUGGAAACGCCGUUUACCUUCCCGCUGUGUUGUUGUUUAGUCGUUUAGUCGUGUCCGACUCUUCGUGACCCCAUGGACCAUAGCACGCCAGGCACUCCUGUCUUGCACUGCCUCCCGCAGUUUGGUCAAACUCAUGUUCGUAGCUUCGAGAACACUGUCCAACCAUCUUGUCCUCUGACGUCCCCUUCUCCUAGUGCCCUCAAUCUUUCCCAACAGCAGGGUCUUUUCCAAUGAUUCUUCUCUUCUCAUGAGGUGGCCAAAGUAUUGGAGCCUCAGCUUCACGAUCUGUCCUUCCAGGGAGCACUCAGGGCUGAUUUCCUUAAGAAUGGAUAGGUUUGAUCUUCUUGCAGUCCAUGGGACUCUCAAGAGUCUCCUCCAGCACCAUAAUUCAAAAGCAUCAAUUCUUCGGCGAUCAGCCUUCUUUAUGGUCCAGCUCUCACUUCCAUACAUCACUACUGGGAAAACCAUAGCUUUAACUAUACGGACCUUUGUCGGCAAGGUGGUGUCUCUGCUUUUUAAGAUGCUGUCUAGGUUUGUCAUUGCUUUUCUCCCA